AAAGAUGUUGGCACUGCUUCUGCCGUCUGGACGAUUGGCUCCAACGAAGGCAACAUGUCGUGCCAAAAUUACAAUUUGAGUUUCGCCUGGUGCAACCAAAAAAGAGAAAUCGUCCUUCCCGCGAUCAUGCAGGAAAUGAACAGUUUGGAAAUUGUUCAAAAAGGACUCACGGCGUCCAUGAUUAACGGUGCUGCCGUCUUGAAAACGUCAGAUUCUAAUUCACUGUUUCCUUAUUUUUGCGAGCCAAAAGACGAUUUUCAAGACUCUUGCCUCCCAUUGAAGUGCAACAAAGACAGCGCAUUAUUUGACGCAAUCGGGAAUGUUAAGGACGGGGAAAAGUAUGGGAAAUGGACACGCACCUGCGACACAUUGUACCUUUUCUCUAACAAGCUUGGCACUUGGCAGCGGAGUUGGGACCUUUGCUGCAGUUUAGGCAUGAAACCAAUAUCGUUUAGCUCGGCGGCCGACUUCGAGUGUUUGAGCAACACGACUAAAGCGAACUGGACGCUAAACUGGAAUUAUUGGUCGGCUGGACGCGCAAUGGGCACUUAAGGAAAGUGGGCCUGGUGUCCAGGGGCCGUCAACCUUCCCGACUCGCUUUCGUGGGCUCCGGGGCAACCGGACAAUAAUCAGCCCGAUGAGAAUUGCCUUCAUUUGCAAGUGACGAAAAAUUCGAGCGGUGUACGUUUGUCAGACCGAAACUGCAGCCAUAAAUACGUCAUGGCUUGCCAGGGCGACGCGAUGAUGGCGUCAAAUUGCAACAAGCCAAACUGUCCGAUGGAGUGCAGUAAAAAUGAAUCAUUUUUCACAAAGGGAAUAAUUAAAGAUCUAUUUGUUCACGGCCAGUGGAAUGCCGGUUGUGGCAAGGAUUAUCUGUUUUCGGCUGCAACUUUGGAUUGGUUGGGUGCGUGGAAUUAUUGCUGCUCCAUUGGAAUGAAACUGGCAUCGAUUGAAGCUCUAGAGGAAUUGAGUUGUCUUACGAACAUGGUUGCGAAAUAUCCCAGAGCGGUCUACCCUGAUCAAUGUGGAAAGGAUUUCUGGACAUCUGGCACAAACCGCGGCUGUCCAGGAGCACACUUCUGGUGUUCAGAGAAUGAAAAAUUGAACAAGGAAGAACUAGGAAACUGGAAAAACGGGCAAAUGCCCUCGGAGAGUGCUGAUCAGUGCAUUUUCAUUAAUUUGUCAAAUUCGACUUUGAGUGAGACUUAUUUGGGCGCUGAUUCUUGUACCGAACAAAAGCCAUUUCUUUGCGAAGUCUUGCAACCGGGCAAUAAAUCUUUGCAAAUCGAACGCACUUGCAAGGAAAUUUGGGGCGUGACAGACAGUGAAGUGAUUGAUAUAAUCAUGAAUCCAAGCGGCGACGUUGUCAACCAAAGACGCAAUCUCAAAUGUUAUAUAAGGUGCUGCGGGAAAAAAGGACACGUUAUAAAAAGUGGGUCACUGGUGACGGAACAAAUUUUGCGCAGCUUGGAGGAUUUGACGGCCGACGACCCGCAAGAAAUGCAGAAUGGCUUUGGAAACUUUGAUUCCUGCGCUUCCAUUCAGUCUACUGACGAAUGCAACACGACGGCCCAGGUGUUCGGGUGUGGCAAGAAAAAUGCUCCAGAUCUGACUUUAGGACUCGUCACUGCCAACAAAGGAGACGCCACUGUUUUAGUAACUGCCACAGGGGGAAUUCAAACCCCCGGGAGAGUGUGUCCUCUGUAUCCAGCAGCAAGUUGUGUACCAAAUCAAGCAAAUAUCGAUGAACUUAAAAACACGGGAUCAUCAUUGGGGGGAGGUGUCAUGGCAACGUUGAAUGGAAAAAAAUACUUUAUGAAAUACGUCUAUUAUGAGGGAAUUACCGACGCUCAAGCAGAAGCAAACUACUGCUGCAAACUUGGCAGCCACCUUGCCAUCUUCGAAAGCUUAGCGGAUUUCAAAGAUUUUGGGACACUUUGGCAAGGUAUCACGGAUUAUUCAGGCCACGUGGCUUACAUUGGGCCGACUUUCGACAACGGCGAUGGCACCGACAGCUGGUGCUUGACCUUUAAGAGGCUGCCAGCAGGAUUGAUCACAGACAUCAACUCAUUUUAUCGCAACCAGCAGUGGAACUCGACUACAAUUUUCUUGAGGCAAGGCGCUGGAUUAGAAAUUUUUCCAAAAGGAAGUGGGGCUCACCGAGUUUUGUGUGGUCCAAUUCCUUACUAAAGUAUCAGAAUUUUGAUCAAAUUAUUGCAAUCGUAGAAAGUAUUUGGAUUCUAGACAUGUGUGAUUGAUUUUAUGUUUGAUAUAAUAUGGAGUUUUUUUUGCUUGCCAACAAAAUAAUAAAAAGUAGCUGUUGUGUCUUAUAAUUAUAGCUGCACGGUUGUUAUUUGUAUGACAUCAUUGAUGUUUUUUUAAUUAAUUUUUUUGUGAAGUAAAAUUUGUAAAAAUAUGCGGGCAGGAAUAAAGGAGCUUCAAUUUUUGUACCGUUUUAUAUAGACAAAUAAAGAUA